AAUCAGAAAAAACACAUAGUAAUCGACACAUAGUUAUAGAAUGAUAAAAUUGGUAAGGAAAAUAUGGCCGUUCCUAUCUAAUCUACUGCAUUUGUCUUCCGGCGAUCGAAGAUUUCGAUGUUAAAAGUGGCUGAUUAUUGACAAUGACGAUGAUACUAUGAUUUUACCAUGUUGAGAGUUGACUCAAUGUCGACAUUUGACCGUGGCUUUUUCCUUUUCUUUGAGAAAAUAGAUUAAAUUUAUGGUUUCUACCAGAAAAUACAUUUGAAACCCAAAAGUGUGAGCUUGCUUGGGCAAUAAUAAAUUGGGAGCUGAAAUAAACAUUAUGGUUUAGAAUAAGAUAGACAAGAAGGAACAAGUAUGGAAGACAGAGAAAUGGAGAAAGCACUCAACAGACAACGGGUUGCGCUUCAACAUCUGCUACCCACAUCUUCUUUUUCUUCUUCUUCACCGCUUGGAACCCAGAAUUCUGCUACUCUCUCUGAUUCAGUUUGUACUGCUGGGAACAGUGCUGGAUAUCAGAAGGAGAUUUCUUUCGGAGAGGAUGUUGUGAUUGUGGCGGCAUACCGUACUGCCAUUUGCAAAUCGAAUAGGGGUGGUUUCAAGGAUACACUUCCUGAUGAUUUGCUUGCUGCUGUUUUAAAGGCAGUGAUAGAGAAAACAAAUUUGAACACAAGUGAAGUAGGAGACAUAGUUGUUGGCACAGUUUCAGCACCUGGUUCGCAGAGAGCAACUGAAUGUAGGAUGGCGGCAUUUUAUGCUAGUUUCCCUGCAGAAACAGUGCCUAUAAGAACCAUCAACAGAAAGUGUUCAUCGGGCCUUCAGGCUGUUGCUGAUGUUGCUGCUUCUAUUAAGGCUGGAUUUUAUGACAUCGGAAUUGGAGCAGGAUUGGAGUCCAUGACAAUAAAUAAAAUGAACAGUGUUACUAAAGUUAACCCAAAAGUGAAGAUCUUUACACAGGCCCGUGAUUGUCUUCUACCUAAUGGUAUUACAUCUGAAAAUGUUGCACAGCGUUAUGGUGUGACACGUGAAGAGCAGGAUAUGGCUGCUGUUGAAUCUCAUAGGCGUGCUGCUGCUGCAACAGCAUCUGGUAAAUUUAAAGACGAAAUUGUUCCAGUUUCUACCAAGAUAGUGGAUCCGAAAUGUGGAGUUGAGAAGCUUGUAAGAGUUUCUGUGGAUGAUGGAAUCCGACCAAAUCCUAAAAUGACAGAUCUGGCAAAGCUAAAGCCUUCAUUUCGGAAGGAUGGGUCCACAACAGCAGGGAAUUCCAGUCAGGUGAGUGAUGGUGCUGCAGCAGUGCUCCUCAUGAAGAGAAGUGUAGCAAUGCAGAAGGGACUCCCUAUUCUUGGUGUUUUCAGGAGUUUUUCUGUUGUGGGUGUGGAUCCUGCUGUGAUGGGGAUAGGUCCAGCUUUUGCAAUUCCAGCAGCAGUGAAAUCUGCGGGACUUAACCUUGAUGGCGUUGACCUGUUUGAAGUAAAUGAGGCAUUUGCAUCUCAAUAUGUCUAUUGCUGUAAAAAACUAAACCUUGAUCCUAAUAAAGUGAAUGUUAAUGGAGGUGCAAUUGCUCUGGGUCAUCCCUUGGGGGCUACAGGAGCCCGUUGUGUUGCAACUCUAUUGCAUGAGAUGAAGCGUCGUGGAAAGGACUGUCGAUUUGGUGUUGUUUCGAUGUGCAUAGGCACAGGUAUGGGGGCUGCAGCUGUUUUUGAAAGAGGUGAAUGAUAAGGAUCUCGGUCAUGCUACGGAAAAUGAUUGUGAAUCUUCUUGAAGGAUACAGAUUCAAAUUGUAUCUAUAUGAGUAUUUUAGUAAAACUUAGUAAACCAUCAUAAAGAUAAAAUAAAUAAUAAAUUUAUUUAUUUAUUUAUUUAUUUUUAAAAAGUAAGUAAAAUAGAAAGAAUGUUGUUGAGAACUCUGCCUCUGAUUACUCACAUUACCCGUGAACUAUAAUAUGCCAAUUUGUUGUGGAUUACAUUGUUUUAAAAAAUAUAACAGAAGUGAACCGGGGGGAAAAAAAAAAUGUUUACAGUACUAAAUGUUUACAGCAGGUUAUAUUAUAUUUGAAUUUUGGAAGAUACUUCAUCCAAAAUAGAUUUGGAACAUCAAACAUUAACAUAAAAGUUCUCAUUCAUGUAUAAUUCUUACACAACUUGUCAGUUAGAGCUAAUAUCCAGGUCAAGUGCAUCGUUUAAUAGGUACAUCCUCUGAUUAAUGCCCCAACGGUUUGUUGGGCGCUUAAAUUGUUCUAUUUCUAUGCACUGGCUUUAUAAGCUGGAGAAUCCCCUUCCAGCUUCACCUUCACCUUGACCAAGGCCAGGGGCAAAAAUCAAAGUUAAACCCAAAUUAUAUUAAAUUGCAUCAUGCAUGAUAGACCUCAAUGAAUCACCACCACAAAAUUGAAAGUGUUUAUGUAUAUAUACAUACACACACACACACACACACA